AGUGCAUCACACAAGUGCAUUGGAAUUGGUGUGGCGCAAUCUGUUUUGCACCGUUUGCAACAGCAUAAUCGCUCGUGUGUCAGUGUAGAUUAAGAAGAUCAUUAAGGGGCACUAGCGGGAGUGCUGAAAUCUGGAGCUUCGGGUGGUUUGCAGAUUGGCGACAGCUGGUUCAGUAUAUAAAACGAUCGCCACCUAGCGCGCCGGUUCACAGUUGAGGAUCUGGUGCGGAUCGAGGAUCUAUCGUAGUAGAGCUUCAGUACCCACCAAACAGCCUGGUUAUAUUGAAGUUGAUCGGCUGCUGUUGUAUGUGUGUUUGUGUCUGUCUCCCACUCUUGGCCCUAGUUCACACUCUCUAACGUUGUGAAGGCCCUGGGUUAGGCCCUCAGAGUGACCUGGUGUGUUUCUGCAGUGUUGCCGGUGGUGCUGGUGAUUCUUUGUGGCACUCAGCUUAUUGAAUCAGUUGUACACGCGCCGAGGUGCCAAGACGUUUGGAAAGUUUUAAGCCCUCCAGAAGCGAACUUGGGUGAAUGAAACGGGUUUUUGUUUUUGCGUAUCUAGUGGAGAUUCGUUUGAUCGUGCAAGUGAUAUGGUUGGUCGCAUAAAGAAAAGCUGUUAUUAACAAUUGCACAUAAAUAUUUCGAUAGUGAAGAGGCACGUAAAUGUUGUUAUCAUUUGUGCAAAUUUUACAUACUAGUGUUGUAAAUCUACGCACAGAAGAUUCCGUCCAUUACCUGUGAUCCUCUGUCGAGAUCCAUCGGUGAAAUAAGGAUAUAAUUUCAAACGAUCGCCCCAAUAUGAUGCAGCUCUUCAAUCUUACCACCUCCCAGUUCGUUGCACGCACGGUAAGCAGCAUUAAGAAGAUGCCUUGCCCGUUCCUGACCCGUCUCAGCACGAGCUACGUGCGCAAUUAUGCUCCGGCUCUGCUCAAAGCGUACGGUGCCCAGUGUCCGGUGGUGCAGCGCAGCAUCUCAUCACUGCAAGGUUCGCAGGCCGGUGCCGGCGUUACUGUUGGUACUGGAGCUUCCGCUGGAACGCAAGAAGUCGCAUCGAAGAAGGAAUCUACGGCCGAGGCACGUCGCAAUUUAAGCUCGCUGCAGCAACCUAAACCACUGCAGUCGGAACCGGCUGGCAAUAAGCAGGCCGGUGCGAAAAAGUGCCCCUUCUUGAAUACUGCGGCCCCGCACGUAAAGGAGCUCGGUGCGGAAAGUGUGGAGAUACCGACGGAGCGCAAGUUCCAGUACGAGGACUUCUUCCACGAGCAGAUCCUGCGCAAGAAGCAGGAUCACUCGUACCGCGUGUUCAAGAAGGUGAACCGUUUGGCGGCCGAAGGCCAGUUUCCGCGUGCGCUUGAGUACUCCUGGGGUGAACGACCGAUCACGGUGUGGUGCUCGAACGAUUACCUCGGCAUGUCGUGCCAUCCGGAGGUGAAACGGGCCGUCGCGGAUGCGCUCGAAACGUACGGCACGGGUGCGGGCGGUACCCGUAACAUCUCGGGCAACUCGAUGAACCAUGAAAACUUGGAGCGUCGUUUGGCCGCGUUGCAUCAGAAGGAGAGUGCGCUGCUUUUCACCUCGUGCUUUGUGGCGAACGAUUCGACGCUGUUUACGCUGGCGAAGGCACUCCCCGGUUGUCAUAUCUUCUCGGACGCUGGGAACCACGCCUCGAUGAUACAGGGCAUUCGGAACAGUGGAGUUCCGAAGCACAUUUUCCGGCAUAACGAUCCGGCGCAUCUGCGUGAAAUGUUGCAGCGCGUUGAUCGAUCGUUGCCGAAAAUUGUCGCCUUCGAGACGGUCCACUCGAUGACCGGGGCAGUCUGUCCGCUGGAGGAGCUGUGCGACAUUGCGCACGAGUAUGGUGCGCUCACGUUCGUGGACGAGGUGCACGCGGUCGGGUUGUACGGUGAGCACGGGGCAGGGAUAGGGGAGCGAGAAGGUCAGCUGCAUAACAUGGACAUUAUUUCCGGCACGCUCGGAAAGGCGUUCGGUAAUGUUGGCGGAUACAUUGCCGGGACGUCACUGCUGGUUGACAUGAUCCGGUCGUACGCGGCAGGGUUCAUUUUUACCACUUCGCUUCCGCCUACCGUGCUGUGCGGUGCACUGAAAGCGGUAGACAUUCUCGCAUCGGAAGAGGGCCGUAAACUGCGCGCGCGUCACCAAGAGAACGUGCGCUAUUUGCGGACGCGGCUGCAGGAGGAAGGGUUCCCGGUGGAGCAUACGCCCAGCCACAUCAUUCCGGUGAAGAUUGGUAACCCGCGCCAAUGUACGGAGGUGUCGGAUCAGAUGAUCCAGCGCUUUGGACAUUAUGUGCAAGCCAUCAACUAUCCGACGGUGGCGCGUGGUGAGGAGAAGCUGCGGCUGGCUCCGACGCCUCACCAUACGCCCGCCAUGAUGGACGAGAUGGUGCGCGAUAUGAAGGUGGUCUGGCAGGAUCUGAAGAUGCCGCUGGGCGGAAAACACUGCCCGGAGGAGUGUACUUUCUGCCGGAAGCCACUGCUGUUCGAUCGUUUCGAGGCACGCACCAGCGCUACUGCGGCCAGCUGCGCCAGAGAGCUAAACUGUCAAAUACCGAACUGCCCGCAGAUCGCUGCCAUGGCCAAUUAAGACGACAACAGCAACAAACAUAGCUCCCAUCCUAGGAAAAGGGAUGAGAGCCAUUUUGGGUGCUUCGGUGUUGGGAACGCAGAUCAUCAGGGCAAUUAUACCUGUCGCAAUGGCAUAUCGUGCGAAGCAAAAAGGCGCUUAACUUUCGGACGUAAUCUCUAUCCGGUUGCUAUGCGGAGCGUGUUCCUGUCUCUCUCUGUCUAUGUCCGUUAGAUUUAUAGUAGGUGCAAAUUGAAUGUGUUCACUGAAUGUGUAACUGGUUAACUGUUGUUACAUCCGCUGCAGCGCCGUGCAGGGCAUUUGAGCUACACUUUCGUUUUUGUUUUUAAGCCGCUCUCUUGAAGCAAAAAAGCGGCCUUGUUGGCCUUCCUUCAUUCCAGUCGUAGUUACCGCGUAUGUUAUUUGUUUUGUUUUUGUUUUAUUUAUUCCACUCGGCCAGCGCCAAGCGGUCGCCUGGUGGUUGUACGAGGCAAUUUAGGCGAAUCCUAAUGAAAUUUCUAUUUGUUGAGCAGGUUUACGUCGAUAUGUCAUUGACAAUAAAAUAAUAGUUGAAUCAAAAAUAUCUAUUCCACAAAAUGUAUACUUAUACCAAGCUGUCGUCUAAUAAAUGUGAAUUCAAAAAUGGGA